AUGAUGUAUUUUUCAACUGUUGGCUGCAAGUCAGUUACUAGGGUACGAUUUUCCGGAUGUCGGUUUCAAUCGACGGUUCAGAAGCAAGACAAGAUAUUGGAGGCUUUGAGCAAGCGAGGAGGAGGUGAUUACAAUCCAGUGAUAUUCGAGCAAAGUUUAAGACAGACGUCCGUUCCCGCUGGAAUCGCAGCGUUUCCUGAUCCCCUCAACCACGACGCCUCGUUGGCAAAUAUUCAACUGCUCAUUAAUAAGAAGGAGAUAGAGAGAGAGGUCAUCAAUGAAAAACUCACUGCUGAACAGAAAGAGCUUAUAAAGCUCGGUCAAUGGACCCCUCCAAUGAUGACACUGAUGAAAUUAACGCUAACUAAGCAUUACAGACACGCUGUUUCCUUUUUCAAGUUUAUCAAAGCCGGGAUUAAAAAUGUUUGGAACACAUAUCUAAGUCUUAGGGCUCAUGUCUACAAAGGCUACUACGUUCUUGAUAACAGCCUCACCACUGGCGAUAUGCCUUCAGGAUUGGCAGAGGAUCGGAAGAUUGCCAUUGGAAACAAUCCAAAAGUUAUUACUGAUCAUCUCUCCAACUAUUUCCACAAUGUCAAAGCCGAAGUGUCAUCAGCCAAUGUUCAAGGGUCUACUAUCUUCAGCUACAGCGGUGAGGGUGUGUUCACCAGAAGCAUGUACCAAGCUGUUCUGAGAACUAGGAAAGAUAUAAUCAAGCUUCCAAUGUUUGCUGUGUUAUUUGGCUUGAUUGAAGAGGGUUUGAUCCCGUUGUGCUAUGCCUUUCCUGGGAUCGCACCCUCGUCUUGCGUUCUUCCCCAGUUACAUGGAAGGUUUUACGGCGAUGCUUCAAAAGCACAGAAGGAGCUCGAAGCUCUUCGUGAGGCCAAAUAUGGGCCAGAUCUGUCGAGGGUAGGUUCAUUAACCCCAUUCAAUAUGCCUGUAGAUGAGCUCUAUUUGGUUGUACGCUCGCUCAGACUCUGUUAUAGCACUCGCAUCUACUCAGAAGGACAUCUCAGAGAGCUAUUGGCCAACAGGUGGAAGCAGGUGAAAUUGGACAAUCUUCUGAUUUUGCGUGACGGGGGUAUUUGGAGACUCAGCACUUUGGAAACCCUGGAUGCCUGCAUCACAAGAGGUCUCAUUGAUUUAGAACAACUGGUACGGUGGGGCAAGAAGGACGAUAUCAAUUUGUAUGACUCCAUUGACUGUACCGAACUGCACACACGACUGUUCCAUUUCAUUAACGAGUGUGAAAAACCCGGCAGGAAUGCCGGUAUGCUUGGUCUAAGCACCAUGGCCAAAACUGCACAAGAGACUUUGGCAUUGUCUGACAAGUAG